CACCGAAGCUGAGCCCGCAAACUUAACCACUUGGCCAUGGGGCUAGCCCCUGAAGAUUUCUCUUUUGAAAAAGGGCUAGUAGUAUGGAUAAUAUCUCUAUAUUGUUUGGCACUAUCUUUCAUAGGGAAAAAUGGUCCUGUAAAUCUCUUUGACUACUUUUUCUCAAAGUACUGGUAAUGUAUAAUUAUAGAUUGUGUAAUUUUCUUCAUAUUUCCUACUUUCCUCUCCUUUAUAUUAUCCCCAAAUUCACCAUAACUGCUUUAGUUCACAGAACCUAUCAAAUAGUCAAAAUAGAGAGGCAAGCCGAAUUAUGAUAGAUCCUCGAGCAAUGUGUUAUUUUCUUUUUAAAUGGCUGAUUCUUUUGUCUUCUAGUAAGAUUAUGAUGACUUGCUUUCAUUUUCUUUUAUAUAUUUUGAAAAUAUUUUUCUGUUCCAAUAUAUAAAAUCCUUCAUUUGUAUGAUAUUUUACUAUGUUGGAUUUUAUUGAAAAUAAUCUUCAAAAUUAUACAAGUGACUCCUAGAAUAACAUCUCUGACUGGGCAGUAUUUAAAAAGGGAAGUCAAACAUAAAAAAUUAAACCUAAUGUAAUGACAUAAUUCUUCCUUAUAUAAUAGAUUCCUUCCUUAUAAUAUAGUUAUUUAUAAAUUUAUAAUAUAUUUUCUUUAGAUUUUUUUAAUACAGUAUAUUCUAAUUCUAACUUACAUUACUUAUGGAUUACCUAAUGGAGAUUUAGAAAAUAAAAGCAUUUGUAAAGAGUACUUGAGGGGGAAUGUGAACUCUCCUCAAGUUUUAAGAAUUUAAAUUUAAAUGAUUUAAAAUAACAGUGGAUAUAAUGCAUUGAAAUCUGGAAACCAUCUACAAAUAUCGUCUCUGAAAUAGAGAAACUUCUGUUUACUUUUAGAUGUAUGAAUAGCAUUAAAGCUGAAAGAAGGGUGAAACCUCAUGAAUUGUGAGAACACAUAUGACUCAUCAUGGGAGGUUUUAAAAUUUUUUUGCACAACAAAACCGAAUGUGUUCUGGGGCGUUUUUUCCUCUGAGAUAUCUCAGAUAUGAAGUUUUUAAUUCUUCAACUUUUAAGAGAUGCUAGAUUCUUGUAAUUUUCUUCAUAUUUCUUACUUUCCUCUCCUUUAUGUUAUCCCAAAAUUCACUGUAGCUGCUUUAGUUAUGCUUUAGAGAAUCAAAACUAAAUAAUCAUAUGCUUGGUUUAAAUGUAAAAUUUCAGGUGAUCCACCUGACAUCAUUUACUUUUAUGAUGUAAGUGAUCUUCACUACAUCUAUUUCUGACCUUCAUCAAAUUUUACAGCCUGUACAAAGAACUGUUUUUAAAGAUUUGAGUCUUGGGUUGUAUUCACCUGGAUGAAUUGUGUUAAAUGCUCGAUGUCAAUGAAUUAAAAUAUUUUGAAUUAUUAUAAUAUUAAUAUAAAAGCAAUAAUCAUGAAAAGCAAAAACUAAUCUCAACAGAAUACAAGUAGGCAUUCAUUUUCUAAACGUUAAAAAAGAAUACCUGUAAUUGCCCUUUUUUUUUACCCAAUUACAGAAAAUAAAAGAGAGCUUUAAAAAAUGUUAUGCUAUUUUUACAUUUAAUAAGUUAUCCAUUCCAGUUUUCUGGAAAUACAGGAGAACAAAGGAACAGGUUAAAUGACACCAUGAGGAAACAAUCAGACAAAUUCAGAAUGUAGGACAUCCUACAGGACAACUGGUCUGGACACUUCAAAAAAUUCAGUAUCAUAAGGAGGUCUUCUCUAGAGGAAAUAGAUGUAACGCCUGAUACAAUCAUAAAACUUGGCUAAAAAACAAAUUUUAUAAGCCAUUCCUUAUAACAAGUGGUUAAGAAAGUAAGUGCAUUUGUAAAAGGAACUCAAGAGUGAAUAUUAACCCUUAUUAAAGUUGAAGGAAAUUGAGGAAGGAUAAUGGAAGGAUAAUUAAUGAGAUUUAAUAGGAACUGGACUUUAGAUAAUAUUAUGGAAUUAUUAAUUUUGUUAAGUGUGAUAGUAGCAUUAUAAUUAUGUGAGAUAAUGUCCUUACUCAGGAGAUAUUUAGAGGCAAAGUGUCAUGAUGUCUUCAAGUUACUUUCAAAUGUGUCAGCCAAUAAAAGGGAUAUGUGUGUGUAGAAUAAAACAUAUAGAUAGAUAGAAGAAAUAUGGCAAAAUACAAACAAUUUUUAAAUUUGGAUGGAGAGUAGAAUUAUAUUUGUACAGUUCCUUUUAAUUUUUCUAUAUAUUUGAAACAUUUAAUACAAAUAUUUGAGACUUUAUUUUUUAGAGCUGUUGUAGGUUUAACAGAAAAUUGAGCAGAUAGUACAGAGAGUUCUCAUAUGCCCACUUUCUCCCAUUCACAGUUUCCCCUCGUAUUAACAUCUUGCAUUAGUGUGAUAUAUUUGUUAUAAUUGAUGAACCAAUAUUGAUCCAUUAUUAUUAACUAAAGUCCGUAGUUUACAUUAGAGCUCACUCUUUAUGUUGUACAGUUCUAUGGGCUUUUACAAAUGCAUAGUGUCAUGUAUCCACCAUUAGAGUAUCAUAAAGAAAAGGUUCAGUGCCCUCAAAUCCACUGCAUUUUACCUCUCGAUUCCUCUUCCCCUGCCCCCAGGAACCACUGACCUUCUUAAUGUGUCUAUCCUUUUGCCUUUUCCAGAAUGUCAUGUAGUUGCAAUAAUAGAGUAUGUAGGUAGCCUUUUCAGACUGGCUUCUUUCACUAAGCAAUAUGCAUUUAAGUUUCCUCCAUGUCUUUUUUGGCUUGAUAACUCAUUUCUUUUUAUCAAAUAUUAUUUUAAAACACAAAAAGACAGAAACUUUAAAAACCUAACAACAAACAUCCAGCAUAUAUAUACCUUAUUUGACACCUGAUUUAACAAAUUAUCUCUAUAAAGACAUUUUUAAAAGAUAGGAAAAUUUUCAGUGUUUACUGGGUACUUUAUAUUAUGAAAUUAUUAAUGUUGCUAGAUGUGAUAAUUGAAUUGAAGUUAUGUUUAAAAAUGCUCUUAUCUAUUAGAAAGGAAAAUAAAAAUAUUGACAUUCACAAGAAGAAAUUAUCCAGCUAUUUUCGGAGAUUUUCAUGUGACUCAAACACAUCAAAUUUCAUGGAAUUGUGAAAUGGGACUAGUGCAAGAGAGAAAUAUGUGUCAGGAGAAUAUUUCAGUGUCCAGGAGAAUGUUCUCAUUUGAAUUCUGUGCUUUCCCUGGGUCUCUAUACUUUUUGGUUGGGCCUGAGCAUGAGGAUGGUAGCCUAACCACCAUCCAGAUGCUCACAUGCCUGAGCUCUGGAAAAAAACUGGGAACUUCCUAGUCAAAGCCUUCUUUCAUCCUAGGACUGAAGUUACUCUCUUCCAGUUUCUAAAAUUGAUUUUUGUCCAGUUUAAAAAGAGCUGAUUGGAUGGUGAGAAAACUGGAAUGGAAAUUCGUCUUUGAUUGCCAUGUUGUAAUGAAUGCAACGGAAAAAGCCUUUCCAAACACAGAUAAGACUUCGGUACAUUGAGAGAGACUACUUGGAAAUAUUCCAUUUAGAUUGCCAUCGGACUGAAAGAAACCUGUGGGGUUUUCUUAAUGUUUUGGAUAAAAUAAACACUUGGAAAGGACGCAGGGUGGCGCUGCAGCAUUAGAAGUAGAAGGAGGAAAGCUACCAGCCGGCGCUCCUUUAGCCAGAUGCGCUGCUAAAGAAGCAAGCAGGAAGGGGAGGCUUUCUAAGGCGGUCGCUCCGGGAAAUCAGGGCCCUAGGCGUCUCCACUUACCCCCAGUAUCUUCGAGAUACUGGGAGAUAGAGACGGCGACAACGCAAGCCCGAGCUGGGUCAGAUUUGCUGAGACCAGAAGGCGAUGGAGGCCAAAGAGGGAAAGGAACGCUCUCUGAAACAAAGGCAAGUCUUGAUGUUCUUUGUUUUGCUGGGCGUAGCUCAGGCUGGUUCCGAGCCUAGGCACUAUUCAGUGGCUGAGGAAACGGAGAGUGGCUCUUUUGUGGCCAAUUUGGUCAAAGACCUGGGACUAGAGGUAGACGAACUAGCUGCGCGGGGGCCUCGGGUCAUUUCCAAAGGGAGAAAAAUGCGUUUGCAGUUGGAUAGACAGACCGGGGAUUUGUUGUUAAAUGAAAAACUGGACCGGGAGGAGCUGUGCGGCCCUACCGAGCCCUGUGUACUGCCUUUCCAGGUGUUAUUGGAAAAUCCCUUGCAGUUUUUUCACGCCGAGCUACGAAUUAGGGACAUAAAUGAUCACUCCCCGGUUUUCCUAGACAAAGAAAGAAUUUUGAAAAUUUCAGAAAGUAUCACUCCCGGAACUACUUUUCUAAUAGAAAGUGCCCAGGACUUAGAUGUAGGAAGCAACGGUCUCCAAAGUUACACAGUCAGCCCCAAUUCACACUUCCAUCUUAAAUUACAAGACAGUGCCGAUGGCAUGAUAUUACCACAGCUGGUGCUGGACAAAGCGUUGGAUCGCGAGGAACAGCCUGAGUUCAGGUUAACCCUCACCGCAGUAGAUGGCGGGACUCCACCCAGGUCUGGCACCGCCCUGGUCCGCAUUGAAGUCUUGGACAUCAAUGAUAACGCCCCAGAGUUUGCAAAUCUGCUCUAUGAGGUGCAGGUCCCGGAAAACAGCCCGAUUGGAUCCCAGGUUGCCGUCGUCUCUGCUAGUGAUUUAGACAUCGGAGCCUAUGGAGAAAUAUCUUACGUAUUUUCCCAAGCCUCUGAAGAUAUUCGCAAAACUUUUCGAAUAAAUGCAAAAUCGGGAGAACUCCUUUUAACACAGAAACUGGAUUUCGAAUCCAUUCAGACUUAUACCUUAAAUGUUCAGGCGACAGAUGGUGGAGGCCUUUCUGGAAGUUGUGUGGUGUUCGUCCAGGUGAUGGAUUUGAAUGACAACCCUCCUGAACUGACCAUGUCAACACUCAUCAGUGAGAUCGCAGAAAACUUGCAGGAGACCAUAAUUGCUGUAUUCAGUGUUUCAGAUCCUGACUCGGGAGACAAUGGAAGAAUGGUAUGUUCCAUCCAAGAUGAUCUUCCUUUCUUCCUUAAACCCUCUGUUGACAAUUUUUACACUCUAGUGACAAACACAGCCCUAGACCGAGAAAGCAGAGCCGAGUACAACAUCACCAUCACGGUCACUGAUUUGGGGACACCCAGGCUGAAAACCCAGCACAACAUAACCGUGCUGGUCUCCGACGUCAACGACAACGCCCCGGCCUUCACCCAAACCUCCUACACCCUCUGGGUCCGCGAGAACAACAGUCCCGCCCUGCACAUCGGCAGCGUCAGCGCCACAGACACAGACGCAGGCGCCAACGCCCAGCUCACCUACUCGCUGCUGCCGCCCCAAGACCCGCACCUGCCCCUGGCCUCCCUCGUGUCCAUCAACGCCGACAACGGCCACCUGUUCGCCCUCAGGUCCCUGGACUACGAGGCCCUGCAGGCCUUCGAGUUCGGCGUGGGCGCCACGGACCGCGGCUCGCCGGCGCUGAGCAGCCAGGCGCGGGUGCGCGUGCUGGUGCUGGACGCCAACGACAACUCGCCCUUCGUGCUGUACCCGCUGCAGAACGGCUCUGCGCCCUGCACCGAGCUGGUGCCCCGGGCGGCCGAGGCGGGCUACCUGGUGACCAAGGUGGUGGCGGUGGACGGCGACUCGGGCCAGAACGCCUGGCUGUCGUACCAGCUGCUCAAGGCCACGGAGCCCGGGCUGUUCGGCGUGUGGCCGCACAACGGCGAGGUGCGCACGGCCAGGCUGCUGAGCGAGCGCGACGCGCCCAAGCACAGGCUGCUGGUGCAGGUCAGGGACAAUGGCGAGCCGCCGCGCUCGGCCAGCGUCACGCUGCACGUGCUGCUGGUGGACGGCUUCUCCCAGCCCUACCUGCCGCUGCCCGAGGCGGCGGCCGAGCAGGCGCGGGCCGACCCGCUCACCGUCUACCUGGUCAUCGCGCUGGCGUCGGUGUCGUCGCUCUUCCUCCUGUCGGUGCUGCUGUUCGUCGCGGUGCGGCUGUGCAGGAGAAGCAGGGCCGCGUCGCUGGGUCGCUGCUCGGUGCCCGAGGGCCCCUUUCCGGGCCACCUGGUGGACGUGAGUGGCACCGGGACCCUGUCCCAGAGCUACCAGUAUGAGGUGUGUCUGAGGGGAGGCUCGGGUACCAGCGAGUUCAAGUUCCUCAAGCCGAUUCUCCCCAACUUCCUUGCUCAGGGUGAGGAGAGGGUUAAUGAGGCAAACCCCAGUUUCAGGGAUACCUUUGAAUCCAAUUAACUAUUAAUUACAAGGAUUACUGAGCCAACUCUCAGUUAAUUUGUGGAAAGUCCUUUUUUACUGCCUUGCACAUUGGGGUUGUUUCUUUUCAUUUGAAAUGUAACUGUCUUAUUCCUUUUCAGUGCAUGUUCCUGGUGUUUCUAAAUGUGUUGCUUUGUGGUAUAAUGAAUGCAAAUUUUCUUCAUAUUCUUAUUGUUGAUAAGGCUCACUAACUUAAUUCGAUUUAAAGUGUGAAAGUAAAUUUUGCAUUUUCAGAAGUCUUUAACUUUUGGUUUAGAGCUUCUUUUUCCGAACUCACGUCCAGAGUUCCUAGGUAAUUUUGCAGUCCUGCGUUUUUAAAGAUUUGCUAUGGCUGCAUGGGGUUAUUCUUUUUCCGACCCAGAAUAUUUGUGUUUGUACAUUGUCUUUGGCUAGUUUAACUUUUAACUAUGAACUCACUUUGGCUAAAACCAUUAGCAUAGGUAUAGUCAUGAAUAACAGAGCACUCUCUCACAUUUUUCUAAAUGUAUAUUUCCUUAAAGUGUCUAUAAUGAAAAUUAUGAUUCUUUAGAGAGCAUGAGAACCUUGACUGUUGGAUUCCCCAACCAUUCACAUUAGAAGUGCUCAAUAAAUCAACCACUAAUAUUCUAAACUGUAGUUAAAUAAAUAGCAUAUGGCCAGUCAUUUUCAAAGACAUGCUAAUUCUUCAUGCUUUUUGUUUCCAAAAAAAAAUUUGAACCUGUUUAUUACAAUCCCUUCUUUUAAAAAAUAUAUUUUAAUUAUUAGAAACUAUUAACUUUGAACACUUGAUUAAAAUCCAAAAGAUUUGAGGGCAUAUUUGUUUUUGUCCUUGAACAAAUUUUAGAAACUUUAAAUGUAGUUUAGCAUUACAUUUCUCAAAAUUUUCUGGAGCAUUUAUGAUUCGAUUGGAAAUAAACCCAAUAUUUUUGGGGAAAAUAUUUAUCCAGCUCUGCCCAUUCUUUUUUCUUUUUUGCACUGACUACUACUUUUCCCAUUUCAGUUUCCUAGACUUUUCAAUGCUUUUUCGGUGCUUGAGUUAUGUUUCUCAAUAGCUCCCCAUUUAUUGCAUGAUUACCACUAUGACUGAAAGAUUGUAGGUUCUUAAUAAAAUUUUUGAAUGACCAUUGAAAGAAGAAGGGUCUUUAUUUCACCUGUGAUAGAUUGCUAUUUAAAUAUACUAAAAUACAGGACAAAAUUUUGCUGGAACUAAAUGUUCUCUGAUGUAUAAAGAAUUAUAUAUAUAAUUUUUGGUUACUAAUUGAAUUGAUCACUGUUAUUCAACCAUUAUCCAGUCACAGUCGCUGGGGUCUCUUUCCUUCAAUAUGUUUUUCCUUUUCUCUCCUUGCUUAAUUUGAGUCUCCUCUCCUGCCCAUUAGCUUAAGGAAUACAUAUGGGGAAAUUGUGUUUUCAAUUUUAUAAUUUAAAUUUCCUUCUAGAAUUCUCUAAAUGAUUCAUCCAGCUAUAUUCCUUGCAGUUCAAUGAUUAAUACGUACAUUAAAACACAAUUAUAAUUCAUAAUGUUUUUCAGUCUAUCUUUAGAUUUUUCCAUAAUUUUAUGUUUAUUUGAAUGAGCUAUGCUAUUAAAAUUGUGAAUUGAAUUUUA